UGUAAUUAAUAUAUGUAAGUUGAACACUUAUUUACUGGUCUACAUGAUUCGACUAGAAUAUUAAUUCUCUUCGACAUUUUCAAAUAAGGAAACUUGAUUCGUUAUCUUGGGAGAGGUUACGGCCAUGACAUUCAUAUGCAAGCACCACUCGACAAGAUUUGCUUGAUGACGAUAGCGUUUCUUACAUAAAAUUUACGAGAAAAAAAAGGAAAAUACUUUUAUUAUGCAUUUUUUCUCAAGUUAUCACUCAAAAUUACUUACUAUCGAUUCAGCCAUUAUUGAAAUUGGUAAUUUUGUUGACUUAUAUAAAGAGACGCGGUUUCUCGUCAACGCGUUCACUUGGCGCGAGCGCAACCGUGCAUCUUGAUUAUUUAUAUGGAAAUGGGGUAACACAAUUAAAAACAUAUAAAUUGGUAUCGAUAUAAUUUCAAACCAAGCUCCAGUCACUGAUCACAUAAUGGCGUUGAGAUUCUUAUAUUUCUUCAGCCUUCUGGUUCUGUCAUUCUCUCAUCACGUACGGUACGCCACUACAGUAGCUUUCCGCGGAUACCACCAAUUUGAACGGUACGCCACUAUAGUGGAUAACAUUAAUGCAGUCUUUAUCGGCUGUAUUUACCGCCGCGCCGCUCGACAUUACUAUUCAUACGCUUUGGAAAGUUCUGUUAAUUCUAUUCGACGACUAGUUAUCGCAAAUUACUAAUUGUUAAUCAGAGAAUAAACGAAUUCUGUUUCACUUGACGUGCACCACUUCAGCAAAGAAAUCUCCGAGACAAUCUUUUACUGUUUGGUACACCAAUGUCAGAUAUUGUUGCAUUAUAUUUCAAUACAGGAUGAUUCUCGCGGUAUGCGAAACAAAAGGCAUGUCUAACCUAUACGUGAAUGGGUCUAGGGCCUCGACAUUUAGUCUCUAAAUGCCUUUUGUUGCGCAUGGCGCGAGAAUCACCAUGUAUAAAUACUCUUAUUGUAUUGUUUUUUUACCAUUACACUUUAUAUAUUUACAACUUUGUAGAAUUCUUGACCCUAAUAUGUCAAUCCAAAACAGAAGGCAGAGAUCAAUUUUUGAUGAGUCGGAAGUGGACUCUGAAAUUGAAAACGCACUAAACAAAAAUGCAAGUCGUACACAGAAAAAAAGAAAAUUGCAACGAAGAAUAGUGAGUUCACCAAAAUCUUCUGAUUCUGAUAGCCCUUUACAGGCGACGUUCAAGGAUAUUGUCUGGAUGCAUAAAAAUUUGAAGCCAAAAAUACAUAAAUUUAACCCACGUAACUCUGGAAUAACAACACAAAUUAAUCGACGUGCUACUACGUUAGACUAUUUUCAGCUAUUUUUUUCCGAAAAAUUAGUAGCAUUUGUCGUAAAAAGAACUAAUGAGUAUCGUACACAUAAAAUGAAAAAUUUUAUGUGCUCGUUUGUAAAACCUCACGAACAAGCAACAACUCUGAAUGAGAUGUAUUGUUUUCUUGCAAUUAGAUUACUAAUGACGCGAGUCAAAAAGUUACAUUACAACGAAUACUGGUCAAAAGAUAAAUUUCUGCAUACUGCCAUUUUUGGACGCAUAAUGAGUAGAGAUAGAUAUGUUUUUCUACUACGCAUAUUACAUUUUAGUGAGAUAACGACAGCUAGUUCCGAUAGGUUAGCAAAUAUAAGAGAAUUUUAUAAUAUGCUUCGCCUUUCGUUUAAAAAUACUUUUAGGCCGUUUGGUAACUUAUGUAUUGAUGAAAGUUUAUUAUUAUAUAAAGGCAGGUUAUCAUUUAAGCAAUACAUUCCAUCAAAACGGAAUAGAUACGGCAUCAAAUCUUUUGUACUUUGUGACUGUAAAACUGGAUACGUUUUAAAUUUUAUUGUAUAUGCAGGCAGCGAAUCCGCGAUAAAAACCAUAACAGAAAAGUCUCUCGGGAAAGCAGGUGAAAUUGUUGUUACACUACUAGAGCCAUAUUUAAAAAAAAAACACACAUUGUUUGUUGAUAACUGGUAUACCAGUCCGGUUUUGUUUAGUUAUCUCCACGACAAUGAAACGAAUGCGUGCGGUACUGUGAAACGUCGAAGGAAGGAUAUGCCUAAAAUGACGGAAAAGUUAAAUGCAGGUGAAAUGUGUUUUCGGAGUUCAUCUAAUAUGUUAGCAUUGAAAUGGAAAGACAAACGCGAUGUAUAUAUGCUGUCCACCUGCCACACUGCGGAUUUCAUAAAUACCAAAAAAAUUAAUUACCAAACACAGCAAGUUAUUCAAAAACCAUCCUGCAUAGUGGACUAUACCGUAAAUAUGGGCGCUGUCGAUAACCGCGAUAAAGUGAUAACAAACGUAGAAUCCAUCAGAAAAAGUGUUAAGUGGUAUAAGAAAUAUUUUUUUCAUUUGCUCGAUGUCUCUAUUUGGAAUGCGUUUUGUUUGUUCAAAAUGAAAAAAAAUGAGAAAUAUUCAAUGCGCGAAUUUCAUCUACGAUUAUUAAAAGAAAUAAUAAAAAAAUAUAAGAAGUUAGACCAAAAUAGCAGCAAUCGCAAUAAUUCUACUGCCGACCAUCCAUUAAGAUUAACAGAACCACAUUUUCCAUCAUAUUGUAAAACUGUUAAAACCAAAAAAACGUUGCGAAAUUGUGUAGUGUGCGCAAAGAAUGAUAAAAGACGAAGAUCACGCUACCAAUGUGAGAACUGUGAUGCUGGACUUUGCGUUGUACCUUGCUUUAAAAUAUAUCAUACACAAAUAAAUUAUUAAUUAAAAUGUAGCAUAUAAUAAUAAGUAAUUAAUUAAUAAUAACGUUUUUCAAUGUUGUUACAU